CCGCCGCGUUGGCCCGGACGUGGCACUGUAGCCAGAGGGGGCCGUACUCCUGUUCUCUUCCGAGACGGGGAGGAUAAAUAUCAUCGGAGGACUCGAGCCUUCUAUUACGAAUCGCUGGUUAGGGAUAUUUGAAGCACCUUGUUUGUGCAAGUAAGAUGGGGCUCACGAUUUCAUCGCUGUUUUCCAGGCUCUUCGGUAAGAAGCAGAUGAGGAUCCUUAUGGUGGGGUUGGAUGCUGCUGGGAAAACCACCAUCCUGUACAAACUGAAACUGGGAGAAAUUGUGACCACCAUUCCAACCAUCGGUUUCAAUGUGGAAACUGUGGAAUACAAGAACAUCUGCUUCACGGUGUGGGAUGUGGGCGGCCAGGACAGGAUCCGGCCUCUCUGGAGGCAUUACUUCCAGAACACACAGGGCCUCAUCUUUGUGGUGGACAGCAACGACCGUGAGCGAAUAGCGGAGUCAGCAGAGGAGCUCUCCAAAAUGCUGCAGGAGGACGAGCUGCGCGAUGCUGUCGUGCUAGUCUUCGCCAACAAACAAGAUCUGCCCAACGCCAUGCCAGUGAGCGACCUGACGGACAAACUGGGCCUUCACAGCCUACGGAGCAGAACCUGGCACGUGCAAGCAACCUGUGCCACACAGGGCACGGGCCUCUAUGAAGGGCUGGACUGGUUAUCCAAUGAGCUGUCCAAGCGCUAGGUGGCAGCAGAGUGCCAGGUGGCGUGAAGGCGACCAAGCCCAGAAAGACACAAGGGAACAGAUGGCGGGGAUUUCAACCAAGAAACUGUCUAAAUUAUCAGUGUGUCUGUCUGCUACACCUUCGCUUUAUGGACUGUACUACUUUUUUUUUUUUUUGUCUAUCCUCUGCCUUUACCUCUUUUAGAGUCCCCCCCCCCCCCCAUCUCCACAAAAUAUUUUAGGUUGCAUGUUUUUAGACGGUGUAAGGUUACCAUGGAAAUGGACUAAGGUGUGGUGCAGAGGAGGGGUGCAGGUCUCCACCCCUGCUCAUCUUACCCUAUUAUAACUGACCAGGUUGCCCCCCCCCCUCCCCACUCCACAGUAAAGAAUCAUUUUCAGGGAAGUAGCGGGACAUGGAGAAAGAAGAAUUAAUGGAAAACAGACUGGAUGGUGGAACUGCUGUGCUGGGACCAGUACAUGAUGCAAUAAACACACCUCCCAGUGUAACUGGUGCUGUGAUGGAGACUUUUAAGCAAGUGCAUGUUUGAAGGCGAUGGGAGAUCUCCAGACAAGCUUAAUGGAGCAUGUGAGGGUCUUACCUUGUGGUGGAGGAGCUGCUCUUUGGGCUCAGUAGCAAUGCAGUUUUGUGCUUUUCAGCCCCCGAGGGUCUCCAGUGUGUACAUUCCAUUACCUCCCUCUCUGAGCCCUGCAUGGGAUUCAAAACCUCCAAGGGGGUCAAACGGUUUGUUGUACAAAACAAAAUAAUAAAACAUAUAGAAAAA